AUGGAUGUGCGCGGUCCAGUUAACCACACCACUUUACAAAAUGAUCGUCAUACUAUGAUGGAUGACGGUUCCUCUGUGCUAUUAAAAAGUGAUAUUACCCCUUCUCCUUGUUCUAUGGAUAAAUUAGAUAUUGCAUCUGCAAAAAGUCCUGAUUCAAUAUCAAGUCAAUGUUCUAAAAUGAGUUCAACUACCAAUCAAAGUAGUACUAAUACUAACAACAACAGCAAUAACAACAGUAGCAAUGUCUUUCGAACUGAUAAAUUAGCUACUGAGGAACGACCGGUGGAAAUAAAUACUGAAGAUAUGGAACCGGCUUUACGACGUAGUAAACGUGGUAAAGGAAGACCUAGUAAUGUUCAUAAUAACAACAACAGUAACAAUAAUAACAAUGAUGGCUCAUCAGACGAUCAUGUCCCUUCUUGUAUUGUCUCUGGCGUUGAAUAUCGUACAGGUGAUUUUGUCUAUUAUGAGGAACCUGAUUUCGAGUAUUUUACAAUUGGUUUAAUUGAAGAAAUUAAAGUCUCUCGACGUGAUAAAUUCUCAGUAUUUAUUAAGUGUUUCUAUCGUACACGUGAUAUACCCGAGAUAUCAAAACAAGCUCUUCCUGAUCGUGAUAAUUAUCCAGCGAAUUCAAAUGUGAAAUUUAUUAGAGAUAUAUUUGCUCGUGAACUGUUUGUUUCUGAAGUACAGGAAACUCUGCCAGCUAAACAACUACGUGGUGUAUGUAAAGUGAAUUAUUUGCCCGAUUUGAAAACAGCGCUUACAACAUUUUCACCAGAUGAAGAUGAUAGCUUUUUCUAUGUUUUUGCUUACAAUCCCGAGACGCGUCGUUUAUCGAAAAUUCGUGCAGAAAUACGCGUUGGUCAAGCAUAUCAAGCCGCCUUACCAGAAUUUCGUCAUCAUCCACCUGCUGCUUAUCGUUUUAACAAUAGAAAUCAUUGUGUAAAUCAUUCACGUAAGCGCAAACGUUGUACGCAUAAAUCAGCAGCAGAUCAAGAUACACAUUCACUCCCGCCACAUUAUGAUCAUCAUCAUCACGGCCAUCACCCUCGUAAGCAUAGACGUACCAAUAAUGCUUCACCGCAUCAAUUGACCACGGUUAACACAUUGCAUAAUCAUGAAUUACAGCCGUCAAAUAAUGCUGUGUCAGAUGCUCCCGAUGAGGGUGGCAUUGGUGGUGGUGAUGGUGGCGAUAUUUGUGGUACAGUUUCAAAGAUGUCCGAUGAUGAUACUGCUGAUGCUGAUGACAAUAAACCAUUAAUCAAUAAACCUAAAAUGGAUAUUCCUAAGUCUCCGAAAAAAUUAGACACCGACACCGACAAUGAUGAUCAUGUUGACGAUCAUAGUGAUAAUGACAUGCCAUGUAAAACAGAAGUGACUACUCUCAACGCACCUGUAGACAUGUCAGAAAGCAUUAAAAAUAUAUCAAAGAUGGAGUCUUCUUCAAUGAGUGAACCAUUGGCGUCAAAUUUACCACCAAAAUUAGAGAAUGCAAAUCAUUUUGAUGAUGAUGAUCGCAUGUCGGUCGAUCCGAUGAAUACUGACGACUUGGAUCAUCCUCCUCCUCCUUCUCAUCAGUCUCAUAAUCAUCGCCACUAUCACAAUCAUCAUCAUCGGCGCCAUCAAUGUCAUCCUGCUUGUAAUCAUAAAAAUCAUGUAUAUCCUGGAAGACAAUCUCAUCAUCGAAAACGAAAAAGAGGAGGAGGACAUCGAAGGUGUUGUCGUCGAAAGUCACAGAAAAGAGAGAUACUUGUUUGGAGUCCGUGUGGUUUAUCUUCUGCCCUGUCAGCUUCUUGUAAAGACUUCAAUUCAAUCAUUGCUACUGUCACUACUGUCAACGAUCAUCAGAACAAUCCACAUACUGGCGAAAAUGAUGAUAACAAUAAUAAUAGUAAUAAUAAUGCAAAUACUGUGCUAAAUAAUAUCAGUUCAGAUUUUAAUUCUAUGCUAUCAGAUGAACCGCUGAAAAACUACUUAGAUGCUGUUCGAUCAAUGGUAGCAUUUUUUGGUUUCGGUGGUGCUGAAGAUGAUUUAUCCUCAGCUGAAAAUGGUCUGGUGCUUGCUAAUCUUGCAGCGACUACUCAACACGCCUAUGAUACUCUGCAUAAAUGUAAAUAUUCAUUAAGAAAUGCUCUACAAGCGAUAUCGUGUAAUCCUAUUGUGGCUAAGGAUACGCCCAGGCAUUGGACAGCUGAACAAGUUCGACUGUUUGCGCAUGCGCUACGUAUUCAUGGGAAAGACUUUUUUACAAUACAAAGAAAUUUCUUUGGUGGAAAGACAUCAAGUAAUAAUAAUAACAACAACAAUAAUAACAAUAACUCUAACACUAACAAUAUCAAUAAUAACAAUAGUGCAACUAUUGCCAAUGGAGUUUUGAAUGCAAAUCAAACCGGAGGCACUGGUCGUAUGCGUGGUCGUGGUCGUCGUAAACUUGUCCCUGGUACUGCUUCAGCCUCAAAACUAUCCAGUAUGAAAUCAGACGAGACUGAAGGUAAUUCAACGACAGCCACAGUGACGUCAACAUCAGCCGGUGGUAAAUUAGAAGAGGUUAAGCCUGAGGAUCCUGAGUCAUUACACGAUAACGGGGAAUCAGCAGAGAACAAUGCUGCUACAACACAAAAAGGUUUCAAUGAUGGUAACGGCAAUACGUCAUCAGGACUACUUUCUACUACUACCACUACUACUACUACUACAAGUGAACCAGUGAAAACUGUCAAAGAAUUAAUCGCCUUCUAUUAUUAUUGGAAAAGAAAGGGGACCUCAUCGUCAUCUCUUGGCGGUGGACAUGGUGGAUUGAGUACAGCUGCUGCCAACUUCGCUACAGCUGUCGUUGCAGCUGCACUCAAUACUGAUAACACCCUACCGUCAUUAAGUGUCAACAGUAGUAGCACUGGUAGUGGUGUUCCGUCGUCGUCGUCAUCCUCAUCAGCUGCAGUUACAGCCUCUGAAGCAGGCAAUCAUUCCAAUGGUAAUAUAUUCUCUUCUUCUUCUUCUCAAACACACUUCAAUGCUUCAGCUGUUAAGAAACGCAAAGCUACAAAUCGUGGAUGUGUCCUGAAUUAUCAAAGUUUAACACAACAAACCGGUGAUGAUAAAUCCGAAUCUGUUGGUCCUAGUCAACCGGAAUCAGAAGUUGAAGAGAAUUUUGAGACAACGAAUGCUGGUACUGAUGACGCUGUUGACGUUCCAGUGAAUUCUGGUGAGAAAAAUGAAGAAGGUACAACGAUUUCAACCACAGCGACAACAGUGGAUGGGAACGCUGAUUCUGCGUCAACUGGCAGUCGACUUCGUAAACGUCUGUGUCGAAAUUGUAGUGCAGAACUGUCGUCGUCAGAAGAUAGCCCCCCACCACCUUUGUUAGGACAAUUACGAUUUCUUUGUCCUGGUUGUCGUAUCCACUUACAAAAAUAUGGUGAAUUAAAGUGUACAGUUGAAGAACAAGAAGAAAAUAUAAUCGAUGACGCCUUAUCUGAAGUUACGCAUCCAAUAACUAACGAUGAACAAUCAGGAAAGCCUGAUAUGUCAAGUGUUGUAAUAAAACAAAUGAAAUCUAAUUCUGUACCAAAUACACCAAAACCAUGCAAUCGAUUUUCUGAUAAAAAAAGGCACAAGAAACGUAUCCUUCGUCGAUUGAUGAAUUGUGAAGAAUCUCCUCAAAAGAAAGAGAAAUAUCGAUCAUGUUAUGAGUCAUCUACUACUACUAAUCUAUCAUCACCGAUAUCCUCGCCGUAUUCAUUACAAUCCAAUCAAGAUGAGUAUUAUUCAGCGUCAGAAUCAUCAUUAUCAUCCUCAUCAUCAUUUAAUGCAUCACAAUGUUGUGAAGAUUCUGAUUGUUACAUCGGAUCUGAUGAUGAUGACAAUGAUAAUGAAUCUACUGAUACUACAAUGACAAGUUCCAGUUGUAAUUCUCCUCUUACCCCUCCUCCUCCUCGUCCUCCUCGUUCUCCUGCGCCCGAUGAAUUAGAUGAAGUUACGACGAAACUAGAGAGCAGUGAUUAUUAUCCUUCUUCAAGGCAUCACAAGAAGAAAAAUCGCCUGUGCUGUCCAUCUGAAAGUAAACACCACGAUAAGUAUAUCUUGUCGAAAGUUUCACCACCGCCUAAACUCGAUGAAAAUGCAGAAAUGCCUAUUCCCACUGGGGAUAAUAUUGUUGGUGAUGUUAAAGAAAACAGAUAUGCUGCCACCGGUCUUCAAAAUAAAACGGGUCCUCCUCAUGCUCAUCAUUUGGAUAAUAAAAGCAUCCUCCCCACCACCUCGUGCUCCUCAUCGUCCACCACACCUUCAGAUAUUCAUUCUAUUUCUAAUUGUAUUGAUUCACAUGAUACAAAGGACAUAUAUCACAUGAAAUCAUCUACAGCGCUUCCUUUACAACAUAUUGACGACAAUCACCAUUAUCAUCAACAAUUGACCGAUGAGAGCGAUGUCAAAGACAUGCAUCAAGGUGAUGUUGAUGAUGAUGACGCGGGUAGUGUAGAAGAUGAAUUAGAAAUGGAAAAUUUAAUCAAUGCAACAAAUGAAUCCAAUCCGGCAUCUUGUUAUGUUGAUGCCUAUCGAUCGACAUGGUCACAUUUGGUACGGAUAUGGAAUAGGCAAGUAAAUUAUCCACAGAGUACUGACACUACCAAUUCGAAUGCUGACUCAUCGCUACAACUUCAAAAAAAUAUUGGUUCCUGUGCACGAACUGAUCUAAUCUAUUGUGGACGUGGUAUAGAUAUUCCGGUGAAUAAUCAUGAAUUUUGGAAUAUGCAGAGGCAUAAUUUAUAUGCAAAGUAUGUAGAUACAGCUAUUGGACCUGGUGUUAACACAUACUUAUCGUCGGUGUCAUCAACAUCAGCGUCAUCAUCACAUUUGCCAUCUUCGUCUUUGGCUACAGCAUCUGUUGCUUCUGCUGUUGGUGCCGGUUUUGCAGAUGGGGUUAUGGAUCAUAAAACUGUCUUUGGGAAUGAAAUCAUCAAAUCAGAGGCGGUGAUGAAUCUCCUCGCAUCAAAUGCAUAUUAUGCUGGAAAUACGUCAUUUGCGCAUACACCGUCAUCUUCAUCAUUAUCAUCAUCUGUUCAGGAUACAUCAUCUACUGCUCUUGAUCUGUGUGCUCGUAACUCGAAACGAUCCUCUAUCCAGUCGUCAUCAUCAUCGUAUGAUCAACCUGCAGUAAAAACAUGUAGAUCAUCAUAUCAUCAAAAUGAUCCUGGUAAUAUGAUCUAUCCACAUUCUAAUAAUAAUAAUAACAACAGCAUAUUAACACCAACAGGUCAAACUGGGAGUAUGCCUUCUAUGACGAUGACACCUAUCUCACAGAUUCCAUCAUUUCCAUUAUUACCGCCUCAAUUACAACAACAAAUACUCAUGCAACAACAACAGCAACAAAGUGGGUCAGGCAUUAAAUCGCCUAUCGGCAGUAGUAGUAGUAAUAAUAAUAAUAUACCCAGUCAACAACAAUUGCAAACAAUGUAUGAACAAGCUUUGUUAUUCGCCGCAGCUGCUGCUGGUCAUUAUCAACACAACAGUCCAUCACGUGAUGGUAUGAAGUUUUUCCCUCCAAACUUUGAAAUGAAUACCACUGCUGCUACUACUACUGGUAGUAAUAAUAGUAAUACUAAUAAUAAUCCUACAAAACAGAUGCCUGUUGUCUCUUCUCCAAAUCUACGCUUCAUCAAUCCGAAUAACAAUAAUAAUUGUAAUAAUAAUAGUAAUAGUGGUAGUAGUAUGAGUUCUUUAAUGUCAACAAGAAUUGCAGCAGCAACUGGAACAUUUUAUCCACCUAUUUCUUCUAUCUCAUCAUCAUCAUCGUCAGCUACUGGCACGUCGACAACUGCCUCUGACUCUGCUCCUUCACUAUUCCCUAUGCAUCAUAACAAUAACAGUAGUAAUAAUAAUAGUAACCAUAAUAAUAACAAUACCAGUACACAUGGUAUGAACCGAUCGAUGGUGAGUACACCGUUUAACUUUAGUCUAACAGAUUCACAAUGUCAGCCAAGCGGCGGCGGCAGUGGUGCUGGUGGUAAUCUUUCAGCUCAUAUGUCUAUGUCAGCUGGUGGUUCGUCUUCUUCGACGCCCUCAAUGCUUGGAUUGAAUCCUAGUAUAACUAGUGGUGGCGGAUAUAAUGGAUUGGGUUGUUCAUCAUCUAAUCCGUUUAUACCACCAGGAUCUCCGUUCUAUAGUCAUCCAGAACUUUUACAACGUCAGUUGGCUUUAAUGGGAUUACUGCCACCUACUUCACUCCCUUCUGACCGUAUGGCGUCUUUGUCUUCUGCUGCUGCUGCCGCUGCGUCAGUAGAACAGCGUGAAAUCGAUGCCUUCCAGCGAUUAAUGUCUGAACGUCUUGAAUAUUUACGAAAUGCUACUAAUAGCCAACAACAACAACAGCAGCAACAACAACGUACAAUGACACCUGUAGAACAAUUUCAGCUCUACCAACAACAGCAACUACAACAACAACAAGAGAUAUUAGCUGCUGCAUUUUCAGCUGAAAUGGCUGCACGACUUGAAGGUGGUAUUGGUGGUGGUGGUGGUAUCCCUCCAUCAUCGAUUUAUCCACAUCAAAAUUCUUCUUUACAGUUACAACCCCCACUACCACCACCAUCGCGACCUUUACCACCGGCAACACCAACAUCAAUGCUAAUCGGUAGUUGUUUAUCACAUUCUGAUGGAAAUAAUGGUGGUGCAAUGACAUCUGCAGUGAAUAGUAUUUCUACUCGACCGACUGCUUCUGUCCAGUUGUCACAUAAUCCACGUUAUCCACAAUCAUCAUCAGCAUCAAUUCAAUUCUCUUCGGGGCCAACUAAUCGUUUUCCUCAAAAUCAGCAUCAACAUCAUCAGGAUAUUCAUAAUCUUAGCAGGAAAACACCGCCGAUUGCACACCAUAACUCUUCUUCUUCUUCCCGUGACAUGUCUAUGAAUCUAAAUAAUUUAUCAUCGAUUAAUCCUGCUACACCAUUGUUAUCACCAUUCAAUGUUGGGCAUACACGUGCCUCACCGCAUAUGCCUUUCACUUCACCUAUUACUCAUGGUGGUAGUAGUAGUGGUGGUAGUAAUAGUGGACGGGCAGCAUCACGUAAUCCAACGAUCCAACCACCACAACCAUCAGCCUCAUCGUCGUCGUCGUCAAAUUUACAAGAACAAGUAUUCAAUGCAGCGAAAUUAGCUAUGAUGGCAGCUAAUAUUCAAUCUGAUCCAAAUAAAGCCUUACAAUUUGCAAAUAAAAAGAGUUCACUGCCACGAAGCAGUCUCCCGGCACAGCAGCAGCAACAACCACAACAGCAUCCUUCUGCAAUUCAAGAUAGCUUGUCACAAAGAAAUAUGAAUGCUCCAGCCUCUCAUGUUAGACUACGUUCUCCUGCGGGACAAUUCGCUGGUAGUAAUUCAGACUGUAACAUCAACAACAAUUCUACUACAUCUGGAAUGCCCAACUUUAUGAAUCAAGGUACACACAAAGAAAGACGACGUCAAAAUAGUCAUAUGUCAGCGAGUAUUCCCCAGUCAUCUGGACCAUCUCAGUCGUCGUCAUCGGCAUCGUCGAAUCGUUUACUCUCUCCUCUGCAUCAUUCUCAUUCAGAAUCUCGUUCACUUAGUAAUCGUACACCUACUCCAGCAACUAAUAAUCGUAUGCAUCAAUCAUCAUCAUCAUCACAGUUGUCCAACAAUCAAUCAUCUAAUAAUAAUGAUUCUCCAAUGUUUUCAGGCCCUACGAUACCUGGUAUACCACCAGGCCAGUUAGCACAAUUGGCACAACUAGCACAAAUGUCUGGACUUCCACCGGGAUUUUCAUUUCAGGAUCCAGCUGUUUUGAAUGCUUUCGCAUUGGCUGCAGCAGCAACAUCCUUAGUAGCUGGCGGUGGCAAUCAAUCAGACAACCUUCUGGAAAAUAAUCCUAUAAAUACAACAGAUCGAUAUCGAUCACCACUUUCCCAACAACAACAACGUUAUCCUACCACUAACACACAACAGCAGCAAUACAGUCAUCAUCAACAGCAGCAACAACAUCAACACCAGCAGCAGCAGCAACAACAACAAGCAGCAGUGGCAGCUGCUGCCGCGGCUAUGGCUAACGCAUUUGGUCUACCGGCUCAGUUUAAUUCACGUCUAUCCUCAUCACAACCAUAA